GCUGAGGUAAAAUCCCACCCUCUCGCACCAGGGUGGGACGGCAGCCCUUUCCUCCCGCAAAGAAAGAAGGGAGGGAGAGGCUCUUUCUCUCUCUCCAAAGGGGCCAGGGCUGCUUCCCCAAGCCUGCUCUUUUUCCACGGGCUCCUGCUUCCAGCCAGCCCCACGGAAAAGGGGAAAGAAAUGCCUCGCGUGGAGGGCCUCCCGUUCCUGGCUUGCUCCCUGCUGCUAGCUUUAGCUCGCUCGGGCUGGGCUGAAGAGGAGCCUCUGCCUUGGAGCCAGGACCAAAGGCCCCAGCUCUGGAGGAAGAAGGGGAUCUUUAGUAUCCAAAGUGAUAACCUCAAGACGUGUGUUAAAGCUGACACAUCCAAGCUCAUCCUGGAAGACUGCAGUCAAUUUUCCAAAUCCAUGUUGUGGAAAUGGGGUUCUAACCAGCACCUUUUCAACAUUGGGAGAAGCGCUUGCCUGGGACUCAACAUCAGUAACCAAGAACAGCCCUUGAUCUUGUCUGAAUGUGAUUCAGCUCAACAUUUUCUACGGUGGAACUGCCAGGGGAAGAAAUUGGUGGGAGCCUCUCAGUAUAAAUUGUCAGUUGAAAGUGGCAGAUUUAUUGUGGCAAAAAGAAUUUCCAGCUAUGGAUGGAAGCAGUUCAUGUCACUUGAUGGAAAUCUUUGUGAAAAUGCAUUCAAAGAAACAUACACCCUGAUGGGAAAUUCGCUUGGUUUGCCUUGCGUCUUUCCAUUUAAAUACAACAACAAAUGGCAUUAUGAAUGUAUCAGAGAUUCGAGAGAAGGUGGAUAUCCCUGGUGUGCUACAACAAGGCUGUACGAACAGGAUGAAAAAUGGGGACUUUGCCCAAAUUCUGAGUCUGGCUGUGACAUUUUUUGGAAGAUAAAUGCAGACACUCACAUUUGUUACCAACUCAAUCUCCUUUCUGUUCUCUCCUGGAACGAGGCACGUGCUGCAUGUCAGGAGCAAGGAGCAGAUUUACUAAGCAUCACAGAUAUGGCAGAACAGAAGUAUGUUUAUGACCUAACUAAAAAUCUCAGUGCAAAAGAAGUCAUGUUGUGGAUUGGCUUAAACCAACUUGAUGAAACUGCUGGCUGGCUGUGGUCGGAUGGAUCACCCUUAGCAUUGGUGAACUGGAGAUCAGAUCCCACUGAUGAUUCUCUCGGACAACAUUAUUGUAAGGCAUUGAACUCAAAAUUGCAAGACUGGCAAAGUUACCCAUGUGAAUAUGGACAACCAUACAUAUGCAAAAAAUAUUUAAAUGGUACAAAGCAUGAAGGAUUUGAUUCAUGGAAAUUUUAUCCUACUGACUGUGAUUAUAACUGGUAUCCACAUAAUCGUUUCUGCUAUAAACUACAUAAAGAAGAAAAGACCUGGGAUGAAGCUUUACUCUCCUGCCAGGAUUAUAAUAGCACUCUCAUUAACAUAGCCUCUUUAGCUGAUACAGAGAUGCUCAUUAACUUCCUUGAAUAUGAAAACAUAACAGAAACUUGGAUUGGACUGAAUAGUAACAAGAUCCCAGUUGAGUUUGAAUGGUCUGAUGGCUCUUCGGUCACCUUCACUUACUGGCACAAACAAGAGCCGAAUGUUGACCAGAGAGAAAGCCAACUUUGCGUUUCAGCUCAGCAGAAUGAGGGACGUUGGAAAGUUAAGAGUUGUAAAGAUAAAUACUUUUAUAUUUGUAAAAGAGCAGGAACUGCUGGAAAUCACAUUUCUGAACUAGAAUCAAGCUGUCCAGAGGGAUGGGAGAGGCAUGGAGGUUAUUGUUACAAGGUGGACAUAACUCCUCGAAGCUUCAAACACUCUGCUAGUGGCUACUACUGCCCUUCACUUGCAACCAUAACAAACAGGUUUGAACAAGGAUUCCUCAACAGUAUGAUUCGGAACAUGGUGGAGACAGAUAACGCUUAUUUUUGGAUAGCUCUGCAAGAUCAGAACAAUACAGGAGAAUACACUUGGCUAACUGGAGAUGGAAAUCAUCCUCUUAAAAUCUAUGCAAACUGGAAAAAGUAUGAACCUAGACAUCCUGGAGGAUGUGUUGUUAUUCGACAAAAUGAGCCCAUUGGGGCUUGGGAAGUGAAAAACUGCACAAGUUUCAAGGCUAUGUCACUAUGUAAGCAGGAGACUAAAUUCCGUGCAGGAAAUGAUCCCCACAAGGAACCCCAUUUUGAAAAUCCCUUGAAUACUUGUAUGUUUGGAUGGGAAUCUCAUUAUAAUCUGCUCAACUGCUACAAGGUAUUUCACAGUGAAAAAGUACUAAUGAAAAGAUCUUGGGCUGAAGCAGAAACUUUGUGUCAAGAUUUUGGAGCACAUCUUGCCAGUUUUACACAUGCCUUUGAAGAAGAUUUCUUGAACCAACUUUUGAACACAAUGUUUCAUAUUAGUGAAGAAAGACAGUUUUGGAUUGGGCUUAACAAAAGGAACCCAUUGUCUGGAGGAUCCUGGGACUGGUCAGAUGGCACUCCUGUUGCAUCUGCCUUUUUAGAGAACCUCUAUAUUGAAGAUAAUGUGAGGAAUUGUGCUGUGUAUAAAAUUAAUGGAGCAUUCUUGCCAUUGCAUUGCAGUUCAGAGCGUGAAUGGAUAUGCAAAAUACCAAAAGGUGUGAAACCGAGGAUUCCACAAUGGUAUAUAAAUGAGCCCUCAUGGUUUUAUUAUCGAGGAGCAGAAUACCUUUUUUAUGACAGUGCUUCAGAGUGGGCCACUUUUCAGUUUGUUUGUGGUUGGCUCCGUGGUGAUAUAGCAACAAUACAUUCCCCUGAAGAACAGGAAUUCAUUCAAAACAGAAUUAAAAAGAAUUCAAAAAUGAAUAAAAAUUGGUGGAUUGCACUGCAUUCAAAAGCACCUAAUAAAGAGUUUCGGUGGACAGAUGGCUCACCACUAUUUUACCAGAACUGGGAGCACGUUGGAAAUAGUCUUAUUUAUGCUCAUGGAGAAAAAUGUGGUUUUAUUUCUUCCCAAACAGGACUUUGGGGCUUUGCAGAUUGCACAAUAUCUCUACCUUGUAUUUGUAAACGUAAAAAGAUUAUGACUGUUGAGAGAGAAAUUCCAAAACAACAAAAACAUCAAGGAACAUGUCCAAAAGGGUGGCUGUAUUUUGGAUUUAAGUGCUUUCUGAUACAGAUUCCAAAGGAUCCAAGCCACCUGAAAAGCUGGUAUUCUGCCCAGACCUUUUGUAAUCAAUAUGAGGCCUCACUUGCUUCAAUUGAAAGUGAGGUUGAACAAGCUUUCAUCACAAUGAAUUUGUUUGGACAUAAAUCUAAUGUCUGGAUUGGUCUUCAGAGCAACAAUUAUGCAAAAUGGGUUAAUGGACAGGAAGUGGAAUAUUCGAACUGGUCUCCGGUAAAAGUAACACAGAAUCAUCGUGAUAACAGCUCUGAUACUCAGGGAGACAUUCCACUCUGUGCUUUGAUAUUAAACAACCCUGGUUUCAGUUCAAUGGGAAAAUGGGAUCUAGAAAAUUGUGACAAAAACUAUGGGUUUAUCUGCCAAAAGGCUCAAGAUACCUCUAGGUAUACAGUAGACCCUUCAGUGAUGUACCCCAUUCCAAAAACUCUGGAAUAUGCAAAUAGAACAUAUAUUUUAAUCAGUGGUAAUAUGACUUGGUAUAUGGCAUUAAAAACAUGCAAAGAAAAUGGAGCUGAAUUGGUCAGGAUUGCAGACCACUACCACCAGGCUUUCCUCACCGUUUUUAUAAAUCGACUGGGCUACAGUCACUGGAUUGGAUUAUUCACUUAUGAUGAUGAGCAUAGCUUUGAGUGGUCGGAUGGUACCAAGCCUUUUCAUACGUUCUGGGAAGAUGACGAAUCCAAGACUUCUGGAAACUGUGUUUAUAUAGACGUUAAUGGACACUGGAGAAGUACUGAUUGUGAGAGAUUCUUGAAUGGAGCAGUUUGUCACAUUUCCUCCAAGAGGAAGCCAACAGGAAAUAGAACCUGGUGUGACGAAAAGAUUGCCCCUUGGAUAAAAUUUGAAAAUGGAUGCUACAACUUUUCCACAGUUUUUGAAAACCUGACCUUUGAUGAAGCAUUUGAAUUUUGCAAAAAGCAAGGUUCUCACCUUCUGACAAUAAAAGAUGAAGAUGAAAACAUCUUUGUUCUGGAAGAACUGCAUCUUUUGGGAUCUUUGGUUGAAAUGAUUUGGCUGAAUAUCCAGUUUCUCAAUGAUAAUGGUACAAUAAUCUGGUUUGAUGGUUCUCCAGUUCAUUAUUCAAACUGGGGCAUGAAUAAACCUCUGUUGGGUCAGACAAAAGGAAAUGUUUGCACUGCCUUGAGAGCCACAGAUGGAGCCUGGCAAGUAUCACCCUGCCAAGAAAGGAAAGGAUUUGUUUGUAAAACCCACACAGACUUUCAUGAGAUUACAGUACCAUCAGUAAAAGUAUCAACUCGUAAAAUUGUAAUCCUGGCCGUGUUAUCAGUUUUGGUGAUAGCUGCCACGGCUGCAUCUGCCUGUGUGUGGUGCUGGCACAACCCUAGUCGUCACUUUAGAAGGCUACAGCAAUUCAGAAAGGCAUGUUCCUCAGACGGGAACUCUCCAGCUACUGCAGUUGAACAAAAUGUCCUCAUUUCUGAUUUGGAGAGGAAUGAUGACCUUCAGUGAUACAACAGCACCCCAGAUCCAAAAACUACUAAUAGAGCUGCAAUUUUAUCACCUGGAUUUUAUGACUCUUUACCUUUCCGUGCCCAUAUGACCAAAGAAAGGAAUGACCUCUGGCUGCAUUGAUAUCCCUCAAGACCAUCUUAAUUGAUAACAACCACAGCAAUAACAACUUUUCAAAUUAUAGGUCUUUGGCUCUAACAUUUUUGUCUUCU